CCAGGUCAGAGCUCGUGACGUAGGCGGAAGUGUCUUCGUGCAUCAGAGGAGCCGCGGAGCAGAGGCCCAGCGGACGGUGGCCCGGGCAGGUCGAUGUAAUGAUGGCGUCCACUCUUUAGCACCUGCUAAGCGUUAGCGGCGUCAGGAUGCAGAUCCUGGUGAAGAAGCUUCUCGGCCUGCUGGGAUUGUUCGGCCUCAUGCUGGCCGGCAUUCUGGUCCCAGUGCGCCUCCUGCUGGUCGACUACGACAAGGCGCAAAGGUACAGGAGAGCUCUGUCUCUCUGUAACUCGUUCGGAGGAGGCGUGUUCCUCGCCACAUGCUUCAAUGCUCUGCUGCCGGCCGUCAGAGACAAGGUGGGCGACGUGUUCCAACAGCUGCAGAUCAGCAGUAAUUAUCCUGUGGCGGAGACGAUGAUGAUGCUCGGUUUCUUCCUCACUGUGUUUGUGGAACAGGCCGUCCUCACCUUCAAGAAGGAGAAACCGUCCUUCAUCGACCUGAAAACCUUCAACGCCGGUGGCUCUGAGGCCGGCAGUGACUCCGAGUAUGAUACGCCCUUCAUCGCCUCGGAUGGGGGCUCACCGGACGGGGGCAGAGGCAGCGCUCACCGCUCACAUGGACACCGGCACGGACACUUCAACCCGGUGGAGCUUGCGGGGGCAAGGCCUCUGCGGCUUGUUAGCCUGGUCCUGGCUCUGUCGGCUCACUCGGUGUUUGAGGGACUGGCGCUUGGCCUGCAGGAGGAUGGAGCGAAGCUGGACAGCCUCUUCCUGGGUGUGGCCAUACAUGAGACGCUGGCCGCUGUCGCCCUUGGCGUCAGCAUGGCCAAGGCGUCACAGGGCAUGAAAGAUGCUGCCAAGCUGGGUGUCACAGUCAGCCUGAUGAUCCCACUGGGCAUGCUGGUAGGAAUGGGCAUUGAGUCGGCUCAGACGCUGGCGGGUGGCGUGGUGUCCGUGGUGCUGCAGGGACUCGCAGCCGGUACCUUCCUGUUCGUCACCUUCUUCGAGAUCCUGUCCCGAGAGCUGGACGACAAACAGGACCGGCUCCUCAAAGUGCUCUUCCUAAUCCUCGGAUAUGCUUCGCUCGCCGCUCUCGUCUUUAUCAAGUGGUGACGGACAGGAAGUCACUGACUCAGACGACGAUACCAAAGUAAACACUGUAGCUGCUUUCAGACACUGGACUCCACAGUUCCCACGUAUUUUUCUCAGGAGGAGGUGCAUGUGUGAACACAGUUUCUACGGACUUCGUCCGCCUGGCCUCCUGGUAUAAUGUUUGUAUAAAUUCAGGAGAAUCCGAUGUGAGAACAACAAGAGAGUUUGUGGUGAUCAGAGC